AUGUCAAUAACUGUGGAGGCUGCAACGCACCUUGUGCAGGUCAGCAAGUUCCUGGCUGCUGUUCAGGGAACUGCACGGAUUUUGGUUCAAGCCUUACAAAUUGCGGAUCAUGCAAUAAUACGUGCAAAGGAACAAAUCCUGCUUGCUGUUUUGGAAGUUGUGCAGAUCUCGCCACAUCACUCAACAAAUGCGGCAGUUGCUCUGCCCUACCCGUGA